UAGAAAAGUUGCAAAACAUCUUGUUAGUAAUAAAGUUGUUUAAUGGUGCAUUUGCCAUUAUACACUUUUGUUUGGGACAAGCGGUAUAGUUGAUGGAUGGAUGGAUUUACUAGAUUUUUGUAUACACAAAUGUUUUGCCUUUUGUACAUUCAACAUACAAUGUCAGAAAAAUGGUCCCAAGCUGUUAUUGGGCAAUAGCCUUAAAAAAAGUACCAUUUGAGAUAAUAAAUAAUGUGACAGAAUUAUAUAUUAAAAAAAUAUAAAUUAAGUAAUAUGCAAAGACUGAAAUGUAUAAUAUUGUAUAUUUUAAUGCUGAGAGCACAUUGAAAAUCUAAGAUUUCAUUACGAUAUACUACGAUACAAAUUAAUUAUUAAUAUAGGGGUCAUUCCAUAAAUUCGGUGCCUUUUUUAAGUUAGAAAAAUUUAAAAAGUUUUAAGUUUAAAAUUAAUAGUAGUAAUAAUAAUAAUAAUGUAUAUGUAUGAAAUAAAAACUUUAAAUGACAAGAAAUUUUAUUUUGGCAUUUCCAAAUUUCUUGUAAUUAAUGUCACUGGAAUAGACCAUUAUUUUACAAGGUUUUUUUGGUGAGGGUAACAGGGCUCACAUAAAAUCGGGACACGCAAUAGAAUUAUUUAAAUAUUUAAUAGAAAAUAAUGUAUACUUAUGUUAAAACAUUGCUUGAAAAAAUACUUUAUUUAGAACAAUAUGCAAAUGUGAUUUUUGUAUCAUUUUGCAUUCAAUUUGCAUAUUAAAAGUCCUGUUGAAAAAGAACAAUCAUAGCAAGGGACAGGCCAAAAACCUUACUAAUUAUUUAAAAUAAUAUUUGACUUUACUUUUGUGUUAUAUUGAUGAAACAAUAAACAAUAUUUAUAUGUUUUUAAAUCACAAAUUUAUUUGUUGUUAGAGUACUUCUAUGUCUGAUUAUUAUUUAUUUUUUUCGGACACAAAAGGCACUGAUCUUAUGGAAUAUUUUCCAAAAAUAAAUUUUUCAGUUUAAUUUAUCAGUCAAAUCAUUUUUCUAAUAUAAUAGUACUUUUUAAUGACACAUUUUGUAUUAAAUUAGAUUUUUUCCUAAUGUCUCAGAUUUUUGGAUCCCACCGUAUGUCUUCAUUCAACUUCAAUUUUAAAAAGAAAUUGAAAAAUAUUACAUUUGCCAUAAGGUAGUACUUUACGAUGGAUUAUAACAAAAAAGUUACGGUUCCAGACCCUUGUCAUGUGAAUGUGUUUGUAUGUGUACUUAGUAAAGGAAGCAGAUCUAGAGGUCAGCAGAAAUCACAGAGUAAACACUUGACAUCAUGUUCUUCAUUAAGCAUCUCUCCCAGCUGUGGGAUAUUUUGUCUUCUUAAGUAUGAGGAAGAUUGAAGGAAUGUGCUGCCCACCCUUUUCCUUCCCCACUGAUGUCCCAUAAUAUUGAAGCUCUGCAGAAAGAGAUUGCAGAGUUCGCCCGCAAGUUACGCUUUGAGAUCUCUGUGAAAGCAAAAGAGAAGGGCUGGUCAGAGAAAACAUGCAGGUUUCAAUUUAAGAAGAAUCUGAAGCGAAUUGUAUCUGAGCUGUACGUCCGUGAUAAUUGCCACCCAUUCAAGGCCAGUUUGCUGGUCUGGGUACAGCUGCCAAUGUGGGUGUGUUUGUCUUUGGCCCUGCGUAAUCUCAGUCUGGGAAUGGGACAUGUUCCUUUUGCUUCUGAUGCCUUGCUGGCGACAGGAGGAACUCUGUGGUUCCCGGACCUCACGCUUCCCGACUCUACCUGGAUCAUGCCUGUUUCUCUCGGCCUCAUUAACCUGUUAAUCACAGAGAUCUUCGCCCUAAGACAACUAGAGCCUUCAAAGUUCCAGAAGUAUGUGACAAACUUCAUAAGAGGAAUAUCUCUGGUGAUGAUUCCUAUAGCCGCCACAGUCCCGUCAUCUAUGUCUCUGUACUGGCUCAGCUCAAGUUGUGUUGGGUUAGCACAUAACUUGCUCAUGAAGUCCCCUCGCUUCCGGAGUAUCUGCCGGAUCCCUCCGACACGCUCCGACUCUGAAUCUCCAUACAAGGACAUUGCAGCUGCCUUUGUGGCCAAAUACAUCAGAUAGAUGAAUGCGGAAAAAGUCGUCUCACGUUCAUCAUGUGGACAUCUGUAUAUGUAUCAUUACAUAUGGACUCUUCCAGUGUAUAGUAGGAUUUUAAGAUGACAUAAACAAGUUUUUUUUUUGCUGUUUGAUGUUGUCAUUGUGCUGUUGUCUUCCUGUGAUGCUUUGUAAGUCAUCAUUGCUGUUUGAGGUUGCAUGUUGUUUUUUGAAACUUCUCAUCAGUGGCAAGGGCAGACAUUUUUAAGUGAGUGGACCAUAUAAUUUUACAAAAUAGUAGUGGUUAAAUAGAUUAAGUUAUUUUUUUUGGACAACAGAGUACCAAGAUUAAUAGUGAGCGUAGUAAUAAUGUUGCGUAUAGAAGAGGGUGACAAGUUAAGCCAAUGUCAGCUGACUCUCUAGGGGUUGAAAAAACCCUUGAGAGAGAGCCAGACAUAGUUGAUUCAAACAUUCAUAACAUUUGCAAGGUUUAAACGCAUGCAAAUGAUUACAUUUCUGAAUGAUGCAAUUAUUAUUAAAGAGAUUAUUAUCAUUUAUGCAUGCUUUUUCUGCUUUCCCACAAAAAUGUCUCUUCUGACUAGGUGGACCAUCAAUCUGAGUG